CAAGCUCAUGUGGGCCAUACAUGGUUAGAAGCCGGAACUUUGAGGAUGACUUAGCUUUAAUACUGAAAGAAACCAACACUGAAUGUAAUCAGGAGAUUUCUUGAAGCACUUCAUAGUUCAUAGAAAUGGCCAAAUUUAGACAGUUUUAUCUCUUACUGUGGAAGAACUGGACUUUGGGAAAGAGGUCACCUUGGAGAACUGUUUUUGAAAUAUUUUUACCUUUGUUCUUCAUCCUUAUUCUUGUUUUACUGCGAGCUCUGAAAAUCAAAGAUGUUCCAGARACCAAGACCUUAUACAAACCCUUUACAAUCUCAUCAUUACCAGAAGGUCUGGAUGGAAACACCCUAUUGCUUGCCUAUGCCCCUAACAAUUCCRAAGUCACUAAAGUAAUGGAUGAUGUCACUAGGACUCUUACAUUUAACGGCAUGCGUGGGUUUGAAAGCGAGACAGAUAUGGUUGACUUCCUGCGCAAUGAAGGAGAUAUGAAGUCCAAGUAUUUAGGUGGCAUUGUAUUCCAAACUACUCUUGAUCAGGCUGACAUUUCUUAUAAGAUUCGCUUGAGCUCAAGGUCAAGAAAUAGCAAAAACAAUAAAAAGRAAACGCUUGGUGGUGGUGCUUCAACUGCAUGGCAAACCCAGUUUACCUUCAAUGUUUUUCAGCUUCCUGGACCAAGGAACAAGAAUUCAUCCCAUGGGGGUCCCCCUGAUUAUUAUGGCGAAGGGUUCCUUGCUAUUCAAAAUGCAGUCGAUGGAGCAAUCCUCAGAUAUAAAAAUGUUUCUUUUUCUGUUGAUGUCAUCAUGAAUCGGUUCCCAUAUCCAGAUUAUAUUAAGGAUAACUUCAUCCUUGUUAUCCAGCAAACGUUGCCAUUGUUAUUGAUGCUGUCCUUGACUGUCACAGCUUUGUACAUUACUCGCGAUAUUGUAGUUGAAAAAGAACGAAAACUAAAGGAGUCAAUGAAGAUGAUGGGUCUAAGUGGAUGGCUACAUUGGGUCGCCUGGUUCACCAAAUUCUUUCUCUUCCUACUCAUAACAGUCAUCUUUGGUAGUGCUCUUUUUACCAUCAAAUUCUCUUCCAAUGGAAAAGUCUUGAACAAAAGUGAUCCCAGCAUUAUUUUUCUUUUCCUUCUUCUAUACAUCAUCUCUUCCAUCAUGUUUUGUUUCAUGGUGAGUGUGUUCUUCAAAAAGGCAAGCAUUGCAACAGCUGGUGGAGGUAUCAUAUGGUUCUUCUCCUACAUGCCAUACUACUUUGUGUCCCAGAGUUACGACACCAUGUCCCUUGGAGUGAAGCUUGCGACAUGYUUGAUAUCCAAUUGCAAUAUGGCAAUYGGCUCAAUGCUGAUUGGUAAGUUUGAAGGACAAGGAUCUGGUGUUCAAUGGUCGAACUUAUACAAAGGAGUUUCUGUGGAUGAUAGCAUGACACUAGGUUAUGUGUUUCUGAUGUUUAUUGCYGACAGCUUUUUAUAUGGUGUUAUUACAUGGUACGUGGAAGCUGUAUUCCCUGGAGAGUAUGGGACACCCCAGCCUUGGUACUUUCCAUUUUUGAAGAGUUAUUGGUGUGGAAAAAAGCAGGUUGAUGCAGACAAGCUGCUUCAAAAUGGCACAAUUACAACAGAGUUCCAUGAGAAAGAGCCAGCAGCUUUACAUGCUGGUGUCAAAGUCAAGAACAUAAGCAAGUCAUUCUCUACAGAUAAAGGUCAAAAAGUUGCUGUCGAUCGAGUCAGUCUUAACAUGUACGAGGGUCAAAUUACAGUGUUACUUGGUCAUAAUGGAGCGGGAAAGACUACACUGAUGUCAAUGUUGACUGGACUUUUCCCGCCAUCUUCUGGAUCAGCGUUUGUGAAUGACUGCGACAUCACUAAUGACAUGACUGGUGUCAGGAGUAGCCUAGGUCUUUGCCCYCAACACGACGUAUUAUUCGAUCUUCUAACAGUAGAAGAACAUCUUUGGUUUUUCGCUAUGAUGAAAGGCUGCCCAAAGAAGAGAGUAUCGGCUGAGAUCGAUCACAUGAUCCGGAGUAUCGGACUUCAAGACAAGCGAUGUGUACAAACUAAAGCGCUAUCGGGCGGAAUGAAGAGAAAGUUGUCCGUUGGUAUAGCGCUUAUAGCAGGCUCAAAGGUUGUAAUGCUUGACGAGCCGACGUCGGGAAUGGACCCGUCAGCUCGUAGAUUUACGUGGGAUCUUCURCAGCAACAACGGCAAGGCCGCACCAUGCUCCUCACAACCCACUUCAUGGACGAGGCUGAUUUACUGGGUGAUAGAAUAGCCAUCAUGGCCGAGGGUCAGAUCAAGUGYUGCGGUAGCUCGCUCUUUCUCAAGAAUAAAUUUGGUGUCGGUUACCACAUGGCUGUUGUCAAGGCAACUAAUUGYAACGUUCCCAUGGUUACCAAAGUGGUACAGCAGUACGUCCCAGCGGCACAGCUCGAGAGUAAUGUUGGUGCAGAAUUAACUUACAUUCUACCCAGUGAAUCAACUGGUAAGUUCGAGCAGUUGUUCAACGAACUGGAAUCUCGUCGAGAAGAGUUAGGAAUCAACAGUUUUGGUGUUUCUGUGACCACUAUGGAAGAAGUAUUCCUGAAAGUCGGAGAAGAAAUGGACGAUUCGUUAUCGAAGGCUCUKCAACAGAAUGACUCGGACAGCAACAGCAGAGAUAUCGAGGAUGACUACAGAAUCGAUGUCGACGAUACGAAUAAACUAGGAGUGUUCAGUGGAGCUUCGUUGUCUUGCCAAACAUCGACUCACCGAAACUGUAACAUUCAACUUGCUUGGCAACGUUGGUACGCUAUGUUUGUCAAACGUCUAUUGCACUCAAGACGUCACAAGCUGUCAAUCAUAUCACAACUCGUGCUGCCAUUGGCGUUCACUCUUAUCGCGUUGAUUCAAGCCAAGACUUUUCCUCAGCCUGGAGACUCUCCGGCACUUUCCUUAAACGCGACUUCAUUUGGACAGAACUAUGUACCGUACACGGUUAUAUCUCCCAAUAGCACCAAAAAGCUUACAAGUGCUUUUAUAAAUCAAUUUACCGGGACUAAUACGGCACCAGUACGCGUGAAGGGAAACAUGUCCAAUUAUCUUAUCAACCACGCUACAGAAGUAGGCCUUGGCGCCUUUAAUCUUCAUUACUUGGUGGCCGCUUCACUGGAACAAGUUAAGCAAUCAGUGAGAGUUGUCGCAUGGUUCAAYAACCAAGCCUUCCAUGCUGUAGCAAUCACCUUGGCAACAGCACAAAACGGAAUUUUGAAGUCAGCACUCGGCUCCAACCACUCUUUAACUACAAUCAAUCAUCCACUGCCUAGAACAACAAAGGACACWAUCGAUGAUUUAAGAAGAAAUGGACUUGGUUUUAUGCUAUCUUUCAACAUCUUGUUUGGUAUGGCGUUCUUGGCGUCGAGUUUUGUGGUGUUUCUGGUGCAAGAGCGGUCUAACAAAGCAAAACAUGUUCAGUUUGUCAGCGGUGUUGACCCACURAGCUACUGGACCUCGGCGUACGCUUGGGACCUUAUUAACUUUAUUUUCCCUGCUGUKUCGUUGAUUAUUCUGCUUGCUGCCUUUGAAGUGCCUGCAUACAGCGGUAAGAACCUCGGUUAUGCAUUCUUGUUAUUGAUGAUUUACGGCUGGGCUAUUAUUCCUGUUAUGUACUUGUUCUCGUUCUUGUUCACCACCGCUGCGACAGCUUUUGUUAUCUUAACGACAUUCAACAUCAUUACCGGCCUGGCAACACUCAUGACAGUUUUUAUUCURAGUAUCCCUGAACUGGAACUACUGGACGUUGCUAAUGUUCUUAAAUGGGUGUUUUUGGUGCUGCCKAACUACUGCCUUGGUCAAGGACUAGGUGAUAUCUUCAAUAAUUACAGUACGCUGUACUACUUUAAUAAAGCGGUGGACUUUUGCAUGAAGGAACUUCCUUUCGAAACGAGGUCUUCUUGUGAGGACAUAGUGAAGCAAAUGGCAGGAACACAAGGCGACGUGCUGGAAUUCCAGGAAAACUAUCUGGCCUGGGACAAUCCAGGAAUCGGACGUUAUCUGAUUUUCAUGGCCUGGGAAGGACUUUUCUUCUUCUGCAUUGUACUCUUCAUCGAAUUCGGUUUCUUUCGACGUUUUGUGUUAUGGUUGAAGAGCUGUUCGUUGACCCCAARAACCCUGAAUUAUGGUGAACCAAGUGGCUCAAUGACCGAACUUGAUGACGAUGUUUACGAAGAGAAGAGACGUAUUGCUACUAGCAYACACGACCAGGAUGUCCUCGUCAUUCGAGAACUGACCAAGGUUUUCCCUGGAMGAAGAGGUCGUGGUCCACUUCUUGCUGUUGAUAGCCUAUCAUUAGGCAUACCUAUGGGCGAAUGCUUUGGGYUGCUUGGUGUCAACGGCGCCGGUAAAACAACCACGUUUAGAAUGCUGACUGGUGACGAAAUAAUGACGUCAGGAACCGCUACUGUCGACGCGUUUGAUAUACGUUCCAAUAUGAGACAGGUUCGACAGCGUAUUGGCUACUGCCCUCAGUUYGAUGCCCUGAUUGGUCAYAUGACUGUACGUGAAAUGCUGUACAUGUUCGCUCGUUUGAGAGGGGUUCCUGAGAGUGACAUAAAACAGACUGUCAAUAAUCUUAUAAGAUCAUUAUUACUAUCCAAUCAUGCUGAUAAACUUACCAAGUCACUUAGUGGUGGGAACAAGCGCAAGCUCAGUACAGCCAUUUCACUUGUGGGAGAACCUCCUGUAGUCUUUCUAGAUGAACCAACCACUGGGAUGGACCCUGUUGCUAAGAGAUUGCUGUGGAACGCAUUGUGCCGUGUUCGUGCUGACGGCAGGUGUAUUGUCAUAACCUCACACAGUAUGGAAGAAUGYGAUGCCCUUUGCACAAGAAUUGCAAUAAUGGUCAAUGGCCGACUGAAGUGUCUAGGAAGUCCACAGCACCUCAAGACUAAGUUUGGWGAAGGCUACACCUUAAUCGCAAAAGUUGGUGGAAUAGACACAACGCAGCUGAAAGAAUAUAUCGAAGAAACGUUUCCUGGAAGUGUUCUUAAAGACGAGCAUUUAGGAAUGGUUCAUUACCACAUAACAGACACAAGUGUGUCAUGGGCUCAGAUAUUUGGUGCCGUGGAGAGGAUUAAAAUGGAUUAUAACAUAGAGGACUAUAACAUCAGUCAAACAACUCUUGACCAAGUGUUUUUGAACUUUGCAAGGGGACAAAGAAUUGAGGAUGAUUAGUUAGAAAGAAGAUUGCUAUAACAUUACUUAAUCAAUAAGGGAUGGAUUGCCAUCUGUACUAUAUUAUAAACGAAAGUCAUGGUCAUCAGCCAAUGAGAGUGUAUGUUAUAUCUCAAAACAUUUUUUUGUAUUUCAAAAUUAAGCCUUUUUGAUAGAGAACAAAUUAUUUUAUUUUCUUUGACAUUAAAAUAUAAAAUUUUAACAUGUUUAAUUCAUUAAACUGCAUAGAAGCCUGA